CAUGAAGCUCCCCCAGCAGACAUUGUGAACUCAUGGCCAACCCCAAACUAUAUCAAUCCUCCCACGCGCGGGCAUGGCGUCCUUGUCGUCAACAUCGUCUGUUUCGCCUUCACAUUUCUGGUUGUCUCCCUCCGAUUAUACACUAGGCUCUGGAUCACAUGCAGCGCGGGGAUUGAUGACUUGCUUAUCGUUAUCGGCCUGGUGUUCGCCAUCGCCAUGGUCACGAUCACAUCAGUCGCAACUGAAGAUUGGGGCAUGAACCGACACAUCUGGGACAUUGAAUUGGUGAAACUUGUCACUGUCCAGAAACUGAAUCUCUCCUUUCAGAUAUUGUUCUCUUUGGCGUCUUGCUUCACCAAGAUCUCUCUACUAUGGUUCUGUCGACGACUCAUCGCGAACAGCAACUUCGGGCUGUAUAACCGGGCGUUUAUCCUGGCCAUCGUUUUCGUUGGGGGCUCUAGCUUGCUGUUCACUCUUAUUAGCAUCUUUCAGUGCUCUCCUAUCCGCGCAUACUGGCAACUGAGCCCCACUGGAUCAUAUCACUGUAUGAAUGAUGGUGCAAUUGUCUUCUCCGCCAGUGUGAUCAACAUUUUCACCGAUUUUUUGGUCACAGCUUUACCAAUGCCAUUGAUCUGGAGUCUGAAGCUCCCCGCUCGUCAGCGACUCGCCGUGAUCUCUAUAUUUGCCCUCGGAGUCGUGGUUAACGUAGCGGGCUCUGUCCGGACAGUAUACGUGUGGAAGAGUAUGGUAGUCGGCUAUGAUGCGACCUGGCUUGGCUGGCCGGUGCUGAUCGCUGCCGCAGUGGAAAUCAGUCUGGGAUUGAUCUGCUCUUCAGCCCCAGCCCUCCGUCCCCUCAUUGCAGCCUUCCUUCCCCGCCUCCUCAGUUCAACCCGCAACAUCAGCUCCUCCUACAACCAACGGAGUCGAUCCCACAAGCUCUGGUUUUCAACCGGCCGCUCCCGAAACUCCCGUGUUGUCACCGAUGAGUUGCACCAGUCUGGGUACACCAGCGAUCGAUUUGAAAUCAUGCGCACCAUUGAAAUGGAGAGCUGGACUGAGUCACGACUCGCAAGCCAUGAUAAGAUGGGCCACGGUUAUGAUAUUACGUCUAAUAACCACAGCCGCACUCCCACCCCUGCAGGUAGCAUUGAGAUAAAGAGGGGUAUGGUUCAUGUCUCUCCGGCAAGUGCUGGUUCCUCUGUGUCUGGGCCGGGUGAUACGCAUUCUCCAACUUCUCCCUUCGACGAUCGGCAAUCGCGUUAA